AUGGGCAAUAAAAAGAAACCCAGCACUAACCUGAAUACUCCGGACCAAGGAUCCACUAAAAAAUCCGUCGAUCUGGACAAAUACUUUCGAGACACAGUGAAAGUGCUCGGAACAGGCCUGGACGACAGCCAAACGGCGCCAUCUUCGCCACAUGGAUCAUCACCACAAAGCCCCGCCGGGUCAGAAUUAUCUUCAGACCCCAGAAUGGCGGAUAUUAAAGAAAUCCUGCAAAACUUACCAUCGAAAAACGACAUUGCAGCCAUGCUGGCGAAAUUGGAAUCGUCCAUGCAGGACCAGAUCUCCUCCCUGACGUCUGAUAUAAGGCAAGUUAAUAACGGGGUCGGGGACCUGGAAGAAGAUAGGGACCUGGAAGAAGAUAGGGAUCAAAUAUUAGACAGAAUACUAUCACUAGAACGAAACCAAGAGAACAGAGAUACUAAACUUAUGUACAUAAUGAGAAACACUGAAGAUCUAGAUAACCGCAGCAGAAGAAAUAACGUACGAAUUAGAGGUAUGCCAGAAUCACAGGGAAACUCUGAAGACCUCCACUUAAUGCUGCAAUCACUUUUUAACAGAUUGCUACAAAGAUCUGAAGACACACAUAUUUUGCUAGACAGAGCCCAUUAUCGCCCCUCCUGUUUAUAUUAACCCUCUUGCAGGAAGUACGUAAACGAACUAACAUACAGGGAAUCAGGGUUCAGAAACAGGAAUAUAAAGUUUCAGCUUUUGCUGACGACUUAUUAUUUAUCCUAGAACACCCCUUAACCAGUCUCCCUCACCUGACAGAGGUCUUGAAUAGAUACAGCAAGUUAUCUAAUUUCAAAAUCAACGUAGACAAAUGUGAGGUAUUAAAUAUAAAUGUGCCCAAUCACCAAAUACUAAAACUGAAAGAAGCCUAUCCUUUCCAAUGGGCAAAACACUCCAUUAAAUAUCUAGGGGUACAAAUUACUAACAAACACAAGACACUCUACAAAGCAAACUUUCCAGAUCUGAUAACAGCCAUAAAGAAAGACCUGGAUAGAUGGGAUAGACCUCACUUUCGAUGGAUGGGAUGGAUAAAUAUUAUCUCAAUUAAUGUGCUCCCACGUAUUCUAUAUCUCCUAACUACAAUCCCAAUACAUAUUCCAAAUCAUUUCUUCCAUACUAUCCAGUCAAUGCUUACAUCCUUCAUCUGGGCAAAGAAACGUCCGGGUAUAGCCUUCAAUUUACUGACAAGGCCCAAGGAGAGGGGGGGACUGGGAUACCCGAACAUCCAAAACUACCAUAGGGCAAUACACCUGGGAAGAAUAUUGGAGUGGUAUAGAGGAGGAGCCAAAAAAGCCUGGGUAGACAUAGAACAAUCACAAACACUCCCAUGGACCCUGUCCACCACCGGAGGCAAGAUACCGCAUGAUCUCCCGACACUAUCCCCCACACUCAAAAUCUGGAAGACAUUACAUCUACAUACGGAGUUUACACCAACACCAUCGCCAAACUACCCAAUAUCCCACAACCCCCUACUCCCUAUAGGCAAAGGUGGCAUAAUGCAAAGCACUGAUAUUACUCAGUCAGAAGACAAAUUUAUAACAUUAAGGGACAUAAUCACUGAUAAAGUAAUUAUACCUCUGAAGAAUCUAACAGGCUCCACCAACGCAACAAUGACACAAAUAUUCCAAUACCACCAACUUAAACAUUUCUUAAAUAAGGAAGGGUUACUCCACUGGAAGCCAAGGGAAGAUACACAGUUUGAGAAACUAUGCUCCCGCCCGCCUACAAAUAAAACCAUAGCCAAAUGUUACCACAUGAUACAAGAAAGCGUAAACAAUCAACUUCCCUGGUAUACGAUAAAGAACCAGAAAUGGUUUUCGACUCAGAUAGAAGAGCAGACCUGGCUAACAAUCUUUACCAAAAUGAUGAAAUCACACUCUAGCAUUAUGUUGCAGGAAAUUAACUAUAAAUUUCUCACGCAAUGGUACAUUGUCCCCAUAAACGCUCAUAAAUUUAACAUCAUCAACUCCCCGCUGUGUUGGAGGUGCGAGAAGAAACAGGGUACCUACCAGCACAUAUGGUGGACCUGUAAGCGAAUAGAGGGUUUCUGGAGGGAAGUAGCGAGGUUCACAGAACAACUCAGUAAUGUCCCCUAA